GAAUGAAGAAGGGGAGGAACAUCUGCGGAAGAGAAACCUGCAGCUGCCUUUUACCUUUGCCACGGGGGAAGCAGUCCUGUACGGGAACGACCUUCCUGAGUUCCUGGACUCUUUCCAGGCUAAGGAGGAGCUGCAGACGCAAGCAAACUCCCACUCGAAGCAGCGCUCGGUAGACCCCAACUCUCUUCUUGGAGCCAUGAUGAAGCAGGAUGCAUCCAUAUACAUCUCCCGUGCUGAUAACAUGCCUCAGUUCUCCUUCUCAGAUCUCAUUGCUGAGCCCGAUGGACCAAGCCAGAAUGAGGAAGUUGGUGAUGCCAAGGAGGACAGCGACCCCCUCCUGGUCGUUAUCGAAACCCUCUUUGAGAAGAGCGAGGUGGAUGGAAACAUCCGCCAGACCCUCCAGAGCCUCAACGUGGACAGUGCAGAGCUGCAGUGGUGGGAGGAGGCUCUGCUCAGCUUGGGUGCAGAGCAGGAGCCGCCAGCUCAGGAGGUUGGUGAGAGGUUAGGCACCGAGGUGACCUCCUAUGUGGAGCAGAUCCUCCUCAGGGAGGACGCUGGGAAUUACUUCCCACACUGCAGCGCAUCGCCCUGCAAUGAGGAAAACAGUGCUGUGGCUCAUUUCCAGCACUGCUGGGCAACUAAUUCAGCAUUUCAAGCCCCACCACAGCCCCAGGCACAUGGUGCACAAGGCCAAGAUGCUGUGGUCUCUCUCGUCUCCGUUACAUCUGAGGUCCACUCUGCUCAACCAGAACAGCAGGUCCCAUUCAACCCAGCUGGGCUGGUGGCGGGUACUGUUCUGGAUGUGCCAGGCUCCAGCAGCAAGCCCUCUGUAGCACUUCAGCUGGCAAACCUGGGACAAGUGCUUCAAACAGAAGUUACCACCUCUGCUCCUGUAGAUAACACUAUUCCUGAUGAUCAGAGCCAGCCCGGCUGCGAGCCAGUGGGCUCAAGCUGCCCACCUCCGCUGCGCUCAAACACACUAGUGACUCGGUGGCACGACGUCCCGGUCCAGGCAGACCCAGCCAGUUGCCCAUCGGGGGCUUGGAUGGCCACAGCUCCAAAACAGCUGGAACCAGCAGGAACACACUUGGAGUCACAAACUCUGCUGGCCGGCAGCCCUGGGAGGCCCCCGGGGGCCGGGCUGUGGUUGCUGCCCUCCCAAACCACUCCUUGCCCUGCCCGGGCCUUGCAUGUGUCCUUGUUCUCCGUGGCUGGGGACCUCUGCGAUGAGGAGGCCGCUCUCCCUGCACGUGCACCAGCGCCCUUAGGAGUCAGCCCGCUGCCAGGGGAUGGUGUCGUCCCCAAACAGCCCCCGAUACUCCCCACGGAGCCCAGCUUUUCUUGGGAGGGGGAGCCGCACAAGUGGUUCAUGCAGCACCAGCCAUGGCUCCUGCAGGCUGGGGCAGCUCCUCACAGAUGUGGUGGGGCAGGUCCGGCACAACACAGCGGACUCCUGUUGGGGUCCAGCACGGGUCCCAGCACCCACCAGGUGGAUCACGUGUUGCUGCCUGAGCUCCAGUACAGAAAUAACCUUUUUGGACAUGAGAGCGGCUUUUUUAGGGAUGCCUCUAAAAUAUCCCUUCCCCAGCAGCUGGGUGCUUUGCCUUGCCCCAGUGAGAGCCACACUGGAGCGUCGCCUUCCUCACCAGGCUCUGUUUUGAGGUGCUCAGCAACUCUCCCUGCGAAGGUGGGUACAGGAGCACCCCCCUCCUCUGAGCAGGGCUCAGGCUUCCCACCAGCAUCGUUUGUGGGUGGGCAGCCGCUCUGUGCCUGCGAGGUCCAGCUGAAGGUGCGGUGUGAGGGCUGCAGGACCUGA